UAUAAGCUUUAAUUCCACGAGCUGCUUCCCAGCAACAGGCAAGCUUCGAAUAGCAGCUAAGAGGAUGACUGUCAGCCAACAAACAGAAACUGCUCAGAGAGACAGUUCCUCCAGCCCUCCCAAAUGCAGGGUUACCGGGCACUGGGGACUGUUUAAGUCCCCUGAAAGCCUCACCCUAAGUGCCUACUACAGCGGUAACAGCAACAACAAAAUUUAAAAGCAGUGCUCAUUAAGGAUUUGCAGCUUAUGACCCCAGAAGAGCAAUGACGUUCGGGGAGGCAGGGAAAACCACGAAGAAAGUCAUCCCCACAUCUUCCAGGGUCAGCGCGCCCGAAGCCGGCCCACAGAGGACAAGACCCGGGGGUCUAUUCCCUGAGUCCUGGCCCUCCAACCUCUCCUACGGGCUCCCUUUGGAGUGGGAAAAAGAUGUAGCCAUAGGUUGCCGAAGCCACCAUCAGCUUUCUUAUUGGCCGAGACCGAAUAAUGAUAGUCUUCCCAUUCGCUAGAAGCCAAGCCCGGAGAAAGCCCAUUGGCUGCGUGGUCCGCGGGCCUUCGUCUGCUUCGAAGACCGGCUGAAGCCGAGGAGCAGGGGGCGGGCAAGGGGCUCACUAGUUGCCGUGGUUACGCCGAGGCACGUGUGCAGUCCCGGAAGCGGCUCAGGGAAGCUGCUCCGCGCGCGCCGCCGAAGGAAGCGCCGCCCGGUCCGCUCGGGUUGCUCCGGCUGGGCCAUGGAGUCGUUGCCGGAGCCCUCGCCCCGCCGUCUUCUGCUUCUCCCCUUGCUGCUGCUGAUACUGCGGGCUCCAGAGCUGGGCCCGAGCCAGGCCAAGGCCGAGGAGACCGACUGGGUUCGACUGCCCAGCAAAUGCGAAGUGUGUAAAUAUGUUGCUGUGGAGCUGAAGUCGGCCUUUGAGGAAACUGGCAAGACCAAGGAGGUGAUCGACACAGGCUAUGGCAUCCUGGACCGCAAGGCCUCUGGAGUCAAAUACACCAAGUCGGACUUACGGUUGAUUGAAGUCACUGAGACCAUUUGCAAGAGGCUCCUGGACUACAGCCUGCACAAGGAGAGGACCGGCAGCAACCGGUUUGCCAAGGGCAUGUCGGAGACUUUUGAGACACUACAUAACCUGGUGCACAAAGGGGUCAAGGUGGUGAUGGACAUCCCGUACGAGCUAUGGAACGAGACCUCUGCUGAGGUGGCUGACCUCAAGAAGCAGUGUGACGUGCUGGUGGAAGAGUUUGAGGAUGUCAUUGAGGACUGGUAUAGGAACCACCAAGAGAAGGACCUGACUGAAUUCCUCUGCGCCAACCAUGUGCUGAAGGGCAAGGACACCAGUUGCCUGGCAGAGCGGUGGUCUGGCAAGAAAGGGGACACAGCUGCCCUGGGAGGGAAGAAGUCCAAGAAGAAGAGUGGCAGGGCCAAGGCCUCAGGCAGUAGGAGCAGCAGCAGCAAGCAGAGGAAGGAGCUGGGGAACCUUGAGGGAGACCCCAGCCCCGAGGAGGAGGAAGGCAUUCAGAAGCCAUCCCCACUCCCACACAGCCCCCCUGAUGAGCUCUGAGCCUAACCCAAUAUCCCUGAACCAAGACCCCUGACUUCCUAGCUGAAGAGCAUAGGGCAUGGCUCUGGCGAGCAAGGUGGCUCUCCUAGCUUCAGGCCUUCUGCUUUGACUGUGCCCUCUUCCUGCCCAGGACAGACAACCCCAGGAAGAACUCAGCAGUAGCCAUGACAGCCCAUGCCAGCCUUCUCUCUCUGCCCACCAGUUCUCUUCUGUAUGGGCUUUAGGCAGGCCAUGCGGUUCAGGACCUCAAGGACUCCAGUGUGAACUCGUGAGGAAGGACUGAUACUGACAACCAGGACUGGAGCUGCUCCAGAGCCCCCAAGGAGGGCGCACCUGGCCUGACCCCACAGGAGGCAAGGCUGCAGCCCCGCAGCUCCCCUCUGCCCUCCCCUCCGUGGACACUUGCGCUCUGCCUCGCCCUCCUCCCCAGGGCUUACAGAGUAAAACCUCUAGCCUUUUGUUUUCCAUUCCUGAGUC